GCCUGUGACUCGCGCACGCUGCCACUGUCCCUCGCGCACGUUGCCUUUGUCCGUGGCGUGUCGUUGUUCACGGAUCUAAGUCCUGCUGCUCGACUCAUUUAUCCUCAAUACCAGAGAAGUGAGAAAAUGGCCGCUGCUGGACGACGUCUCAUACCCCUGCUAGACCGAAUCCUCGUCGAACGGUUUGCCCCAGAAGUGAAAUCCAAAGGUGGCAUUCUGCUUCCUGAGCAAAGCCAAAGCAAGGUUCAGGUUGCUACAGUCAUCGAGGUCGGAGCUGGUGCCCUAACCAAAAACGGGGAAAGGAUUCCUUGUUCAGUAAAGGCUGGAGAUCGCGUACUCCUGCCAGAGUAUGGAGGCCAAAAAAUCGAGGUCGAUAAGAAGGAGCUGUUUAUUUUUAAAGAGUCCGAUAUUCUCGCGAAAUGGCAGGAUUAGAGUCGUUCUCGAUAGAAAUGAAUUCUGUAGAAAUGAAGAACACCCCAGGCAUACACACAGAUCCAUAUGUAAAAUUAAAUGUUAAUGAUGGGAACGAAACACAAUAAUGAAUGGAAGCAUUAUACAGGCGAAGAUAGCAGCCAAUGUUCUCUAAUUAUUGCAAAUUUUUCAUAGUAAGGGAAUUUUUUUACCCCGCCCUGUAAUCGGCGUGCUGCUAGGCAACGGGGUGUUUCCCCGUGUUUUACUGUGUGUGUAUGGAUCACUCAUAUGUACUAUAUAUAUCCUGUACGUGAAUAAAUCGUGGUUUUAUAUAUAUAAACUUAA